CCCCAGCGGGGCUCAGCUCUGGGCAGCUCCUCCCAGCUCUGCCUGCUCGGCCGGCCGCUGGCUCCCAGAGAACAGCAGGUCUGAACCUCCUUGCACAUCUGCACAAUCGUCUGACACCCGACUUGUAUCCUUCACAGGAGGCCAGCAGGAAGGAUGGCCCAGAACAUGCUGACUGUGAAUGGAGUUGAUGUGGGCUCUAUGCUCUCCCAGCCCACCCACAUUGACAUCCACAUCCACCAGGAAUCCGCUUUGGCCCAACUGCUAAAAGCUGGGAGUUCCCUGGUGGAGCGCCUGUCUCACCGUCCUGCCAAGGCCAGGAUAGGCUACGGACAGCUGGCACUAGGGAAAGUGGGUGGAAUCCCCAUGAAAACUCACAAUUUGUAUCCCCGCCUGUUUGGAAGUUUCUACACAGAGAUGGAGAUGGAAAGAAGUAAGGGAUCACUCCUCUGGCACAAUGUGACCCAGCUGUUGCUCGGGGCUAUCAGCUGUGCCCUCGGCGGGCUUCUCUACUUGGGACCCUGGAUUCAGCUGCGGGCCUCGGGCUGUGCCUUGUGGGCAGGGUCUGUGGCCAUUGCAGCAGGAGUUGGGGCCGUUGUCCACGAGAAGCGCGGGGGCAAACUCUCAGGCUGCGUAUCAGGUCUGCUCACUCUGGCUGGCAUUGCCACGGCCGUGGCCGCUGUCGUCUUCUGUGUGAAUAGCUUCAUCUGGCAAGGUGAUGGCUUCGACGACAUCAGCUCCGUGUGUGAUUCCUUAGUCCCUGUCACCCCCACCUCUUGGUACCAACGAAGAAGUUCCUAUUCAUCGUGGGAGGAGGAGAACUGCAGAAGAUACAUGCAAAUGCUGAUGGAUUUGUUCCUAGGAAUCCGUGCUCUGCUCCUGGCUAUCUGUAUCCUGCAGGUCAUUGUGUCCUUGGCUUCCCUGGGCGUGGGUCUUCGAAGCUUCUGUGGCCAGAGCUCCCGAGCCCUGCAGGAUGAGGAAGGGUCAGAGAGAAAUCUGCUGGGGGAGAAUUCAGUGCCUCCCUCCCCCUCCAAGGAGAAGACCACGGCUGUCAUUGUCCUGUGAGCAGCCAGAGACCCUUGCCUGGACCCUGCAUGUCCCUCCUGAAUAGCCCAGGGCCCCUCAGCACCCUGUCCGGCAGACUUGCUUCUGCUUUUCUUCUCCCCACCUUCACCCACUGUGGCCACUCCAGGGUCCUCCAUCAGUGAACAGGUAUUGCCACAUUUCCCUCAGUGCUGAUUAAACAGAAGCAACCCCAAAGAAUGAUUUUGUGCAGAAAAGAUGUAGUCUUCUUUUGUUAAUAUACCUGGUGCAUUGAUACUCAUGGAAUUAAAUGAGAAUUACGCGUGAGAUCCAGCCAGUCCAUCCUAAAGGAAAUCAGUCCUGAAUACUCAUUGGAAGGACUGAUGCUAAAGCUGAAACUCCAAUACUUUGGCCACCUGAUGUGAAGAGCUGACUCUUGGAAAAGACCCCGAUGCUGGGAAAGAUUGAAGGCCAGAGGAGAAGGGGACGACAGAAGAUGAGGUGGUUGGCUGGCAUCACUGACUCGAUGGACAUGAGUUUGAGCAAGCUCUGGGAGUUGGUGAUGGGCAGGGAGGCCUGGUGUGCUGCAGUCCAUGGGGUCGCAAAGAGGCGGACACGACUGAGCGACUGAACUGACUGACUGACGUAUUAUAUGGAAACCGGGUCUGAAUAAGACUAAAUUUUCGUUCUGCUCUAUA